GUUACUCAGCCAGUACCAAUGAAACGCUCAAUAAGCGUUCACGCACGAGAUGUGAUAUGCUGCGUGUGUGCCUGUAAUGUGCCGUUAUGUAAAUUCGCGCGCUCGACGCGCUGAUAUAUCAGCCGUGAUCAGUCGACUUGAGGGGGAUACACACAUAAUAAUGGGGGAUACACGAGGAGGAGCUAUAAAAUCCGAUCCGAUUCGAUUCGUUUCGAAGCAGGAAGAUAUAGAGGAAGGAAGACUGCCGAUGAUUCCGUUUCACUCUUCCGCGAUUGGAUUUGGAUAGUCUCGAGAGCGGAUAUCACGGCCUGGUCAAGGAGAACGAAACACUGGUCGAAGUCACGCCGCAGAUCCGAGCUCUAGGUACCAAGGUUUGCUCCUUCCGCAUCGCCAACAAGCAUCAUGGCGAGGCACCGUUCGAGAUCAUCCUGAAGGAGAAGGGGAUGGCCGAGCUGCGGGCGUUUCGAGUUCUGAAUUGCGAAAAACGGCGCAAUUACAAGUUCGACAUCGCUGCGGUCGGCUGCAACGGAGCGCAAUCCGAGAACGCGACGGUUCAUAUUACCGUGGUUGACGUCAACGAGUAUGCGCCGCAGUUCCUCCAGCCAGCGUAUGUUAGCACGGUGGACGAGGGACGUCUCUACGAAGAGGUUGUUCGCGUUGAAGCUUCCGACCGGGAUUGCACGCCGAAAUUUGGCGACGUCUGCAAAUACGAGAUACUCACCGCCGACCAGCCGUUCAUCAUCGACAACGAGGGUGCCAUCCGGAACACCGAGCCCCUGGACUAUGAACGGUCGCACAACUACAUCCUCAGCGUGGUCGCGUAUGAUUGCGGUAUGAAGCAAUCGGCGCCGGCGAUGGUGACGGUCAAGGUCAACCGUGUGUGCGCCCCCGGAUGGCGAGGCAUCCCCGAGAGGGUCGACUACGCCGCCGGCGUCGGCUCGCAGCCUCUGUUACCCUCGGCACGGCUCGAUCUCUGCGACGCACCCUGUAUCCUGCGCAAUGUGCGCGCUACAUUGACCCUCGUUACCGAUCACAUCGGCAAAGGUUGCGACCGCGACACGUACGGCGUUCGCAGUCAGCGCAAAUUGUGCGGUGCGUCGCGAGACAGCGUGGAUUUGUUACCUACACCCGGACCCACGACAUCCUGGACGGCGUCCCUGUCCAGGGACGAGGGUAGGGAGGCCGAUGAGAUCUUCGAGUUUGACGGGGUCGAUUCGGCCGCGAUCGUGCCGAAUGACGUGCUGGAGCAUAGUCUGGCGCAGAAAUUCACCAUCGGCGUCUGGGUGAAGCAUCGGCCGCGCCCGCGACAGGAUCCGCACGUCAAGGAACAUAUACUCUGCGCCGCCGAUGAUCAUAAGAUGAAUAGACACCAUUACGCCCUGUUCGUGAGGAAUUGCAGAUUGAUAUUGCUCUUGCGACGUGACUUCUCCGAGGGUGACCCCAACAUUUUCCGCGCAGCCGAAUGGCGUUGGAAGCUCAGUCAGGUGUGCGACGAUAAAUGGCAUCAUUACGCGGUUCAGGUUGACUUUCCACGUGUCAGCCUCUACGUCGACGGCGAGGAGUGGCGCUCCGACGAAAAGAAUCCCGAAGUUAUCGACGACUGGCCUUUACACCCGGCCAAGGGUGUAAACACCACUCUGGUGGUCGGCGCUUGUUGGCAGGGCUCCGAGAACAAGACCAAACACCACUUUCGCGGCUACCUCGCCGGACUGUCCGUUCUGGUCGGCCGCAACGAGAAACCGGAAGUGCUGUCGUGCCUGCGACGUUGCCAGGAGGGCAUUCACGUGCCGCCCAUGGACCUGCUGCAACCUGGUACUCAAUUGCUGACCAACUCCGACCUGACCGAGGUACGCAUCGACGGUGACAACCGCACCAACGUCGAGACUCUGCUGCGUCGCAUCGGCUAUUCCAAUUCUCGCCGAUUCCCGACCCCCGGUCGUCGGAAUUUCCGUCUCGACACCACGAUCGUCUGCGAGGGUAGCGAGAACACACCUCUGCCGGUACCGACCGUGCAGUCCUACGUUACCGUAUUGCCACCUCCUCGGCCGGGUAUCACCGUCAACGGCACCGGUUACGUCGCCCGGGAGUACGCCGAUUUCCGGCUGGGCGUUCGCGUGUUCCCCGACGCACGCGUCACCGCCGGAUCGGCCGCCAGACUCGACGCUUGCGCCGUUAGCGUUUAUCCGAGCCUCAAUCCCGAUCACGAGAGUCUGGGAUUGCCCGGUGACGCUCUGCUCGCGUACCACGACAUCUCCGCUCGCGUGGACCGCGACGGCGUCGUUCUGUCGGGCGCGGAUUCGCCCUACAACUACCAGCAGCUCAUCCGCCUCAUCAUGUACACGAAUCGCAAGCCGGCUUAUUAUCUCGACCGUGUCUUCAAGUUGACCUGCUCCGAGCUGAGCGGCCGCUUCGCCAGCAACGAGUACGUGCAGACGUUAGCUGUGAUCCAUCCCAAGGAGAAGACGACCGUUCCGCCGCGCACAACGCCCGGAGGAGAGCCGCCGAUCGCGAGGAUCGUCGAGCCGGCACCGGGUCACGCGCAGCUCUCGCCGCAUCACGCCGAUCUUACGGACGAGUACGCUACCACCGCCCUUCGCGAAGGCGGCAAGACCAUCGGCGGUGCUGGCGGCAGCCACGCCGUCACCAUCGUCGCCGUUGCCUGUAUGGGCUUCCUGUUGCUGAUGGGAGUGGUGGGUGCCGCGCGGGUUCGGGGAGCGGCCAAACGACGACGAUCCGCCGGUGACGAGCUCGCCGCUGAGACCGAGAUGGCGUGGGAUGACUCGGCUCUCGCCAUUACCGUGAACCCGAUGGACAGGCUGACGGAACACGACCAGCAUCAUCAGAGUCAGAGAGACGAGGACGUCGACGAUUCUGGCAGUUCCGACUCCGAGGACGGCUCGUUCAGAGACGACGACCUCGACAGCUCCGACUGCGAGAACGAUUGUGAGCUCAGCAGUGGCCGGCACCGUCGCCACAAUUCGCCGCACGAUUUGGAAUGGGAUCAUCGCGAUGUUUAAAUUGCUUAUACACCCCCGCCGCUCGUUGCAUCGCUCCCUCUCUUUCCGCGUUGCAGCGUUGUUGAGAGGAGUACUGGCGUACGUGCCGCUUUCGCUUUCAAAAGAUUUACACACCCGUACCCGUACCCGUACCCGUACCCGUACCCGUACCCGUACCCGUACCCGUACCCGUACCCGUACCCGUACUCGUACCCGUAUCGGUCCACGCACAAGAUGGCGCGAUAUCUUGUCAGUGAACGCGACUCCCACUCUCAUCCAAGGGACUUUCCUCGCGCGAGCAUCCGCGCACCGAGCGCGGCUCGUCCGAGCGAAGUAAUCGUAUCUCGUGCAUCUCCGUAUAUCACGCUCUCGACAGACGUCAUUCAUUGAGAGAUUGAAGAAUAAUUUACUACGCACUCUCGAAUCUUGGAUCUUGAAUGAUGGUAGAGCAAUAUAGCAUUUCAUGUUCUAAGCUGCUCCAAACACUGCUCGUUCGAUCGCCUUUUCGAUUCUCUCAACGACUAUUGUCCCUGUUUAUUGCGCGAAAAGGAGAGAGAGGGGGGAGAGAGAGAGAGAGAGAGAGGAGAGAGAGAGAGAGAGAGAGAGAGAAAGAGAGUGUGUGGGGAGAGAUCGUCGUUGUAUCUACAUCCGUCCCCCCAUCCAUAUAAACACGAC